CGAAAAUCGAAGCUUCGGUGCUCCACCACAGCUCUCCAAGGAUUCCAUCACAGAUUCACAGCAACCUUGCUGGACCAAGCGACUUGCCCAACAUCCCCUUCGUCAUCCACCACAGAGGCUUUGUAGCCUCACGUUUACUCAGCUAUCUCCUUCAGGUCUAAUUGACUGGUCCAUACCAUCAAUUGCAACUGCAGCUUUUCGACAGUACAUUGCUCGCGAAGCCACGAUGCUCGCCCCAACAGCAACAACGAUGCUGCGUGCGGGCGCCGGCCGCUCUGUCGGCGCUCUUCAGCCAAUGCUCAUGCGCGGCGCCGCAUGCCCUUACUCUGCCGGGCUGAUCCUGACGACGACGUCGUCUUUCUCUAUGACCGCCCCGUCGAAGAAACAACAACUUCAGUCCGCUUAUGCCGCCAGACCUCUCUCAACCUCCGUUACCACCAAGCCGACCCCCUCCUCUGUCGUCGCCAAAUUCCGCCCCCAACCACCCCAGCGCAACGCAUCAUCAUCCACCCGCCAUCACCAACCCGCCGCGGGGGGCACGCAGGACGCAGAAGCGGACGCCAACGCCGCGGCAGCAGCCGCCGCCGCGCAAGCGCACGCGCACCCGGAGCAGCCGGCCCUGGACUGGAACACAUUCUUCCAGCUUCGCAAGGCACGGCGGCGAUGGCAAUUUGGGUUCAGCGUAGUGUCGGCGCUGGGGAGCGGGUUCGCGGGCGCGGGCCUGCUGGGCACGGGCAUGCUCGACUGGUUGGUGAGCCGGAUCCCGCUGGACCCGCUCAUCACACUGGGCGGAUUGACGCUGAGCGCGUCGGCGCUGGGGUGGCUUGUGGGCCCCAGCCUGGGCUCGGCCGUGUUUAACACGUUCAAGAACAAGUAUAAGGGUCCUAUGGCUACUAAGGAGAGCGAGUUUUUCGCCCGUAUUAAGAAGCACCGUGUUGAUCCCAGUGCGAGUUCGGUGCGGAAUCCGGUACCCGACUUUUAUGGUGAAAAGAUUUCGAGUGUGGCGGGCUAUCGGCAGUGGCUGAAGGAUCAGAGGGCGUUCAACAAGAAGCGGACAGGGUCUGUAUGAAGGGGAAAGGAGAGUUUGCUUGUAUGGAUAAGCGAGUACCACCCGGUGUUGCAAAAGGAUGCGUCAUAGUAUGCGAAGGUAGGAACUAUUGAACAGACGGUAAUCACAGUUGAUGGUGUUUUGGGCCUGCUUUAUUGUAACAUAGUUGGCGAGGAAUCCCCAGAGCGACUAAUGAAAGUCUCCUCUUGACAUGUAUCCCCA